GCUGGCACCUAGCUGUAUAGCUCUCUCUUCAACACCAUUCACUCUGACGUCUCCUCUAUUUCGCCACGGGCCUAUCCGCCUAGAGCAGAGAAAAAAGAAAUCGUCUCUGGAAAAGGAAGCAUUGGACUGGACAGCGUUCCAAAUAGCUAUUUUGGGAACAACAGAUGAAGAUCACGAGGGAAGUGACGAGGCUCAAUUAGAUGAGGCUGAGUUGGAUGACAUUACGCUAUGGUUUUCUGAUUUCGGAUUCGGAGUGGGAAGACUGGUGAAGGAAAAGCCGAAGAGGAAACGGAUCAAGGUAUAUCUGAAGGAUGGAAACGCGCAGAAAAGGACAUGGAGGGGAAGAUUGGGAAAAGACAUUGUAAUAAAAGACGACUUGGAAGAAGUUCCUAUCGAGGGCGUAAAAACGGAUGGAAGUUAUCCCGAUGGGGUACAAUCUCGGACAUGAUAUAGAGGAUUUCCUGAAAUGGGAGGUGCAGCAUGUGCAGCAGAGUCUGCUUUUGGAAUCCGAUUGA